AUGCGCGCCCUAGCCGGGAAAUUCCAUGGCCCAGUAGCAUGUCAACGAUGUCAUCGUCUCUCAAGGCCACCGGCCAUGGGGUCUUCAGCGCGGUGGAGGCGGAGGUGCGGAAAAGGGCCUGGGGCCGGCCCCAGCGACGCGCGCGAGGGCCAGAGCACGCGCAACGGCGCGGCGACUCCGGGCUCGCUCGAGAGCGACGAGGAGUUCAGUGUGUCGCUGCAAGUCCGCGACUACGAGCUCGACCAGUUCGGCGUCGUCAACAACCAGGUGUACGCGGGGUACGCCCAGCACGCGCGUCACGUGAUGAUGGCGACGCUGGGGUUCUCGUGCGACGAGGUGGCGCGGCGCGGCGAGGCGCUCGCGAUCACGGAGAUGGAGAUGAAGUUCACCGGCGCCCUGCGCUCCGAGGACACCGUGCGCAUCGCCGUCAAAAUCACAAAGCUCACGCCCGCGCGGUGCACGUUCCGCCACCGGCAGUACCGCGCGGCCCGGCCAGACAUGGUGCAGCGAGGGGACGAGACAUAUAAAACGGAGGUCAUCGUCAACGAGUCGUUCGCGACUGUCGUGGCGCUCAACAGCGCGUACCGGCCCGUGCGUAUCGACGCCGACCUCUUUGCCAGCCUGCGCGGCAGCGCUUCGUGA